CGGUCGCGAUAGCAGCACGCAGCGGUGUGCUCCGGGCCGGUGCUGAUUGAGUGCGAGCGAGCGAAAUCUCGCUGUGUGCGAGUGGCGCGCUAACCGUUUUCUACCCCUAAUAUUCGCGAAAGUUUGACAAUCACUCAUCGCGUGCGAGUGAUGUCAGUAGAGUGAUCGCGAGUUGAUCGGUGAGUGCGAACAGUGAUCCUGAGUGCGCGUUGUUUAGGCCUAAUCGUUGUUUAGGAAAAUGCGGGAAAUGUGCUCGAGAGACACGCUGGAGGAUACGCGAGAGUUGUGAGCCGGAGAUAUAAACGGAGUCUUUGUGCAAUUUGGUGGAUGAUGAUCACGAUGCUUGAUUAUCGGUUGCUAUGAUCGAGCCGCGGAGAGUUCACGUGGAACGAUCAUGAUUUACCUUCGGCUGCACGUCGGGAGGAGUCUACGGUGCAACGCGAAUGCAAGACACUGGAACGUGUUCAUCGUGCCACUCUUCCCACUCUGGAUUAUCGGCGCUUUCUGCGUGAAAGACAUACCGAUAUCACACAUUGUGGCACUGGUAGGCGAUCCCACGUAUCUUCCUUGCGACAUAUCAACCACCCACGAAGGGGAUUCGGUGCAUCUUGUGCUCUGGUAUCGAGAGGAUCUCGGUACAUCGGUUUACAGUGUCGAUGCGAGGGAUCGAGAUUUCGGUAUCGCCGAACGAUGGUCGGACGACACGGUGUUUUCGAAUCGAGCUUACUUCAUGCCGGACAAAAAACCGGCCGAACUUGGCGUAGAUCACAUCAGAGAGGAAGAUGCCGGUAUCUACAGGUGUCGCGUCGACUUCCAGAUUGGUCAAACGCGAAAUUCCAAGGUCAAUUUAACGGUCAUAGUUCCACCGCACAAAAUCGUGAUCGUCGAUGACUCGGGGAUCGCACGGAACUCCAUGGUGGGCCCGUACAUGGAGGGUGACACUCUGCGGCUCUACUGCGACGUGUACGGCGGUAAACCAGCACCGACAGUGUCAUGGCACCGUGACGACAAGCUUGUCAGCAACAAAACCAUAACAGUGAGAAACGGCGUGACGCGUAGCGAGCUCGUUAUAAAAAAUUUAGGACGGGACGAUGUCCGUUCGGUGCUGACCUGCAACGCGACGAAUAACAAUAGGUCGAUUCCGCUCUCCUCGUCUGUUCACGUGGACAUGAAUUUCAGCCCGUUGGACGUGAAGAUAAUCGGAUCGAACCAGCCGUUGUCCGCGGGCAAGAGGUACGAGCUGGUGUGCACCACUUCCGGAUCCAGACCGCCAGCCACGGUAACAUGGUGGAGGAACGGACAGCGUUUAGUGGAAUCCAAGGAGACCACUUCCGGCGAUGGGAACACGACCACCAGCAUCUUAUCGUUCAUGGCGACCAAAGCAGAUGCUGGCAAACACUUGUCGUGUCGCGCUGAAAAUCCAAUCAUGGGAACCGAGCCGAUCGAGGACGGCUGGAUGCUGGAGAUACAGUACACGCCGGAAACGCGGAUACAACUGGGAACCUCGUUGAACCCUAAUGCUAUUCGAGAGGGCACGGAUGUGUACUUUGAUUGCUUGAUUCGAGCUGAACCGUCGGUUUAUAAGGUGGAGUGGAGACACAUGGGCAAGACUCUUCACCACAACGUCACACAGGGUAUCAUAAUCAGCAAUCAGAGCCUGGUGUUGCAGGGAGUCGAUCGUAAAAGCGCGGGAAAUUACACCUGUGUUGGGUACAACACCGAAGGGGACGGGGAAAGUUCGCCAUUUUAUUUGAACGUAAUGUUCGCACCAACUUGCAAGCCAAAUCAAUCAAAGGUGCACAACGUGGCGAAACAAGAAAAGGCAAACAUAUCCUGCCAGGUGGACGCGAAUCCACCGGAGGUACAGUUCCGUUGGACGUUCAACAAUUCCGCCGAGAGUAUCGACGUGGCCGCCGGUCAUAUCGCCAGGGCCGGUACAUCCUCGAUCGUUUCGUACACACCCAUGACGGAAUUGGAUUACGGCACGUUGCUCUGCUGGGCCACCAAUCGAAUUGGACAUCAACAAGUGCCCUGUGUCUAUCACAUCAUACCGGCCGGUCGACCGGAUAUGGUUCACAAUUGCACCACCUCGAACACGUCGACCAACUCGUUCUCCAUACGAUGCGCCGAGGGUUUCAACGGCGGUCUCCAACAAUCCUUUCUUCUCGAAGUAAGGGAAAGCAACAGCCAGGAAUUGCGUGCCAACCUGUCGUCGCCCGUGCCGCGUUUCAGCGUCACACACCUGGAGUCCGGCGCCCUUUAUCAGGCCUGCAUUUACGCGUACAACGAGAAAGGGCGCAGCGAAGCGAUGGUGGUGCAGGCCGGCACUUUGAGGCUGCCUGAAAAACAAUUAACUUCCGAGUCAGAGCGACCCAGGCAGAACAACAGAUUAAUGCCGAUGCUGAGCGUGAUGAUCGGCGUGGUGACGGCGUUGAUCAUCGUCGGUGUGAUAGUGAUGGUGGUACUUAGGAUUCAGCACACGCAAGUGGACGAACAGAGCAAGUCUCAGAUGGAGGAUCACAGCAAACAAACGAAGACCAUUCCGAUUCAACGUGAACUGAGGUUCCGCGAGGGUAGCAGUCUGCUCACGGAUGAGAAGCAUCCUAGCAGCCCCUUCAGGAAACUCGAGAGCAGCGGUGAGAUAAGCGAAAACGACGAGAAGAAUCCUGAUAUUAUACCUCAGCAAAUCACUGGCGACGAGCCGUCGGAGUAUUUGAGAAAGAGGAGACUAGUUUCGACGAUCGAAACAUCGCCAUCGAGAAGUUUACUGGAGCACUCGACGGUUACUUCCGGUCACGGAAGUUACGUCGGCUAUUGCACCAUUCGCAAUGGUAUGCCGUUGCACGAGUUCUCGAAUCUGGCGACGAAACACAAAAGCUUCCAGCCAAUGGUGGGUGACGACUAUCAGAGCGGUGUCUGCACUCUGCCAAGGCAACACUGGCCAAGCCAAAGCGUUCAAUCAAUGUCGAUGACGAUGAGCCCUCCGAUGCUGUACACCAGCUUGGGAGUCGUCAGUAGGACCUGUCCGAGUGGCACUCUAUUGACCAAGGACGUGGAGGCAAGGAUUCCCGGUCAAUGUUGCAUCCAAUCGCAAAAGGACGGCAAAAUGAGCACCCCGAUCGUGAUGGCCAAGCGAGAGAGCUCUGUGUGACAUUUUUGUCUUACGCAGACCAGUGAUCUAUGAAGUAUGCGUAUAUCGAUUAUGAUAUUUCUUGUCGGAUACGCAAUCGACGACCGAAACAUCGCUGGAAUGUAUGGAUAGAUAAUAAAGAAUGUUUUUCCAACUUGUUCGUAACGUUUGGUUAAAUGUAACGAUCGUUAUUAGAUCUUUUCGAAAAUCUUUGCGUGUUUUUCGAUGGACGUUAUCGCGUUUGUACUUCGUUUUUCUAGAAUGGAGGAUAAAUUAAAUGGUUGAUGAUGUACAGUAUAUGGAAAGGUGGGCUUUUGUUCGGGGAAAAUGGCGAUAUAGGAAAUGGAACUCUGUUCAGCACUUGAGAAUUGCUAUGCAUUAUAACAGAAUUGCGCGAGAAAUGUCGGUCGAUAUUGCGAGCAACGACUCGGCGAUAUAAUGCGUGGAAAAUUGGAACGUGACAUAUGGAAUGUAGUGAUUAUAAUGGGUGGUAAAUCUAAGCGUGACAAUACAUGGCGCGUGGCGAUAUAAUACGUGGUGUAUCAGAACGCGACGAUAUAUCGCACGGUGAUAUAUGGCGAGUGGCGAUGUAACGCAAGCGAAAUCGGAACGUGGCGAUAUAACGCGAGGAAAGUCGGAAGAUGGCGAUAUAACGCGAGGAAAGUCGGAAGAUGGCGAUAUAACGCGAGACAAAUCGGAACAUGGCGAUAUAAUGCGGGGCAACUCGGAAUUGGUGAUAUAACGUGAGGAAAGUGGAAACGUGACAUAUCGCACGGCGAUAUAUAACGCGUGGCGAUAUAACGCGAGCGUAGUCGAAAAGUGGCGAUAUAACGCGAGGAAAGUGGAAACGUGACAUAUCGCACGG